CCUCUGCAGAAUCCAAGUUUCAUAACAAUCACAGCAAUCAUCUAUUCCUUCAGUCAAGAAAAUUCUUGAGCAAUUGUUCUAAGAGACACAAGUGAAGUCCUCCACCCAUUAAUUAUCAGAAAUGAAGAAUUCAAUUCAGGAAGAAAUUAUCAGAAUUCCAGUCAUCUCAGCAACAACAUACCAGGUUGUUAAGUCACCCAAAUUAUGCAGUGGCUACUUGCCUGGACCUGAUGGUUCUUCUACACUCAAGCAAAGAAAAAUACAUUAUCUGCUUAGAAGUGUGAACAAACUAGGGAAGAAAGCAGACAGUUUGGCUGCUGGAGUCCGAGAGCACAUGAGACUGACACCAAAGAUCAUAGAAACAUUGAAAGGAAAGUUGAGUUGGGGGGCUAAAACUCUUCAAGUAGGAGGCAUGGAGAAGAUUUUUGGAAAGUUAUUUAAUGUCAAAGAUGGUGAGAAACUGUUGAAGGCUUCCCAAUGCUAUUUAUCAACAACAGCAGGUCCUAUUGCAGGCAUCCUCUUUAUCUCCACAGACAAGAUUGCUUUUUCUAGUGAGAGAUUGAUCAAAUUCUCUACUCCGAACGGAGAAUCUACCAGACUCCAUUACAAGGUCCUGAUUCCAGUUUCAAAGAUCAAGGGAAUCGACCAGGGUGAGAAUAUGAAGAAUCCAUCACAAAAAUACAUAGAAGGAGUUACUGUCGAUGAGUUUGAUUUCUGGUUUAUGGGUUUCUUUAACUACAAGAAAACAUUCAAGCAUCUUCAGCAUGCAAUCCCAAAAACCCUAGAUGACUUACAAGUCACUUGCUAGUGACUUAGA